AUGAGUCCUGAGCCGCCCAGGGGGUCCCACUCUCCUGGAGCCCUGCCUGAGGACUCUGAGGAGCCAGAGGAGCCAGGCCCGGCAGCUUGUGGUGUCUGCUGCUGCUGUGCCCACCAUGCUGGCCCCCACAGUCUCCAGGAGCCUGCUGUCUGGCUGGACUCCAGGUUUCCUUGGCCACUGAGGCUGCUUCCUGCUACAGGCCGGGUGUGCAAGGGGCCCCGGGGCCCCCCAGCUGGGACCCUACCUCCAUUCCAACCCUUGCAGAGAAGAACCCGCAGGCACCGAACCAUCUUCAGCGAGGAGCAGCUGCAGGCCCUGGAGGCCUUAUUCUUGCAGAACCAGUACCCAGAUGUGGUGGCCCGGGAACAUCUGGCUAACCGCAUCCACCUCAAGGAAGAGCGCGUGGAGGUCUGGUUUAAAAACCGUCGGGCCAAGUGGCGGCAUCAGAAGCGGGCGUCAGCCUCAGCCCUCAUUCUGCAGGGGGCUAAGAAGGCCCCCAAGGAGAGCUGCUGAGGGACAGCAUG